GACAGAGCGCUCUAAGUCCCGCUUUUAGCUGACGAAGAAGAAAACCGGCGCUGAUUUUGAACUGAAGGAAUCUGAAAACAUUCAGGCGUGGCUCUUUUCGCUYCUGUGCGAACAUUUUUUAUAAUCUCUGCUCAUUCCGUCGGACACUGUUACGUUCCAUGUCCGGCUGGCUAUCACAGAAGCUUUAUCGCAUAGAGCUGCAGUGAGACAAAAAUGGAGUUAUCUGUGAUGAACCUGUAUAACCAGUUCCAGAGCCUCAGAGCUCAGGUGGACGGUCUGAAUGAAAGCAUUGAACCAGAGUUCCUCAAGAUGGCAGUGAACUUUGAGGAAUGCCGUAAGAAGUGGCUGAUGUCAGGUGAAGAACUGGUCUCCUGUAAAGAAAUGCUGACAAAAGCAGAAACAGAAAAGGGAGCGCUGGAGGUUAAACUAAAACACGCUCGAAAUCAGGUGGACGUAGAGAUCAGACGGCGGCAGAAGGCAGAGGCGGUCUAUGAGAAGCUGGAGCGACAGCUGCAGCUGAUCCGGGAGCUGCUGAUUUCAGAGAAUAAUGGUAGCAGUGUCAUUUUAAAUGAGGAACAGAGGUCAGCCCUGGCCUUCCUCAGUGCCCACUCCCAGGCAACACAAACUGCUAAAGCCAACCGCCGCUCCAGUCGAAGAUUAACCAGAAUUGAUGAAUCUGGAUCAGCAUCUCUGCUGUCAGAUAUCAGCUAUGAUCAAACAGACGACUCCUUGCAGUGGGAUUCCUCUGUGAUGAAGAAUGUGAGACUCCGCAGACGACAGAAACGACGAUCUUCAAGAAAAGUGUCAGAUGUUCCUCCGCAGGCAGUGAAGAAGCCCCGCUCCAGUGGGCGAACAGCAGACAGGAUUAAUGAGUCGAUCGUGGCUACAACCACCAUUACUCUCCCUGCGAGUGGUGGUGGUGUUGUUGAGGCUGUUUCCACCAUUGAAACUGUGCCUUACUGGACCCGCAGCAGAAAAAGAAGUGUGUUGGGGGACACGACCACUACUGACCAGUUUGACACGGUUAGUGAGGCUCCCAGCACACAAGUCUCAGAUGCUCCAGCCCAGCUUCAAACUUACCAAGCGAAAGGAGGAAAGAAGCACCACUUCAUCCCUAAAACAGUUAUCAAGUCUGAGUUCUGUGCAACAUGUCGAAGGAGAACAAAAUUUGGCAAGCUGUAUCUCCGCUGCCAGGACUGCAGGACUGUGACUCACCCUGAAUGUCGUGACCAGUGCCCCCUCCCCUGUAAUCCCACAGCUCUCAGCUCUCUCCCCAGGYGCACAGAGGUCACCUUGGCUGACUUUGCUCCGGCCACCUCCCCAAUGAUCCCAGCUCUGGUUAUCUACUGCAUUAAAGAGAUCGAACGCAGAGGCCUUCAUGAGGUUGGUCUGUACAGAGUCUCUGGCCAGGAGCGUACGGUUAAGGAGCUUAAGGAGAAGCUCAUUCGAGGAAAGACACUGCCUGCCCUUAACAAAGUGGAAGACAUCAAUGUGAUCACAGGUGUCCUCAAAGACUUCCUCAGAAACCUCCCAGAGCCGCUACUCACCUUCCACCUCAAUAAAACCUUCAUGGAAGCAGCUGAAAUCCAAGAUGAUGGCAACUGUAUUGCCAUGUUAUAUCAGGCUGUCAGUGAACUUCCUCAACCCAACCGAGACACACUGGCCUGCCUGAUAAUCCACCUGCAGAAAGUGUCUCAAAGUACAGAUACUAAGAUGGAUAUACACAACUUGGCCAGGGUGUUCGGUCCUACCCUGGUGGGCCAUGCUGUUCCUGAUCCAGACCCCAUGACCAUCCUGAAUGACACCAGCAGACAACCAAGGGUUGUGGAGCGUUUGCUCAGUAUCUCAAAAACCUACUGGAGUCGGUUUGCUUAUCCAGAUAAUGCAGGGAUGGAAACUGAUCUUCACACCYACACUCCAAACAGCAAAGUGAGCAUACUGGGGCCUAUGACGACUCCAGAGCAACAGAUGAUGGCCAGAACCCCUUCCUCCAGCUCGUUGUCUCAGAGGAUGAAGCAGACCUUGUCCAGUACCACAAUAUUUGGGAGCAAAAGCAAAGCAACGUCCGCCUCUCACCGGCAAGGCAAAUUCUUUGCUUCUCCACAGCUGAAGUAAAGGCAAAGGAAGAAAUAAUGGUUUGAUAUUUCUGAACGUUACAACAAUAACUGGAGACAUCUUUGUAUAAUCAUGUGGGAAAUAUUCCUGUGCAAUUGUGACAUGUGACACAUUUGACAGCAUUUUUCUCAUUGCAGUGUUUUAAAACUUUCUUUAUUUUUUCCAUUUAAAAUGACCAGAAUUAGAUUUUUGUUUGCCUUUUACGUUAUAUGUUUAAUAUUUUAUUACUGAUCAAAUAUUUUACUUCUGUAUAAUUCAACAAGUUCAAAAUUGAAUGACAAAGCAACCAUUUUGAACAAAUGAAGCAAUGACCUUUUUGAGAUUUUAGUUGAUGUUUAUCGAUGAAUGUGCAAUUUUAAUCACAUAAAACUCCAACAAAAAUACCUAAUGACCAAAAGAAAACUAGAUUUUUUUAUUGGCCAGUGCAUCUUUGCUUUUUGUCUUUGGUUGCUUUGACAUUUAGCAUUUGUUUAAUUAUAUAUUUAUAUGCUAUAUAAUCAUGCCAGUUGUUUAAUAUUUGCUCACUCUUUCACUUUUUAAUACUCUGAUAACACUGACAAUGUUCGCAGCGUUUUGCACUCUACUUAAAACUAUAUUUCAGUUCUUUGGUAACCACUAGAGGGUGCUGUUACACUAGUUUUCACAUGCAGGCCUUAACAUAUGAAGAAGCCUUACUGUAUUUUUUAUUAAGCACAUAAACUGAAAAAGUCACUAACGCUAACAAAGAGUUGAUCUGUCGACCAAAGACUGUAUUUUAUUAGAUCUGAUGGGAUUUACGUGAGAUAAAAAUAAAACUUGGAUUAAAUUUAGUUUAAUAUAAAAACUGGUCUAAAUGGCAUAUUUUGUUUAAAUAGGCAUCUUAAACAAACACUAUCAAUAUGCAAAAAAGUUGCACAUCAUAAAUAAAGCAAUCGAGUGCUGCUCUCGUUGGCUCUGUUGCAGAUCUGGGUUAAAUUGUACCUGUUCAUGUGUUUGCAGGUGUUUAGGUUAAGUGAUGUACUGUAUUGUUAUGACUCCAAACAACUCUAGCUAAUCUUGAAAUUGUAAAACUUCUUUAUUAUGGCAUUGUUUUAUGAAUAUUUUGUGCAUUUCUGUACAAAAUAUUAUUACUAAACUUCUAAAACCAGUAUAUUAAUGGCAUUGUUUUAUAAAUCAACCUUUCUUAUUUUCUAAGUAAAUAAUACAUAACUAUAUAUACUGCCAAGAAAGCUCUUGAGAUCUGAAAUUUAUUAUUUUUUUCUUGGCUUAAAGUGCCAGUUAUGAUCUUUAGAAGUGGGGUUUAUAGAAAAUGUUAUGAACAAGUAAUGUAUUACCCUUUUGUAGAUGGCUCUUUGAAUGACCUCAAUUUAAAGCAAUAGUUUCAUUCUGACCUUGAUUACAAAGAGAUCCAAACAGGACCAAGUCCAAAGCAGAUCGCUGGCAUCUAAGAAAACCUAAAAUCUAAAUUUCACAGAGGUUCAUGCAGACAAUAAUGAAUCAUGUAUAUGUUAAUAUUUCUGCCAGAAUACUAAGUCAAUGCUGCUGCCACUGACAAAUAACUGUAUAUACAUUUAGUAAAAAACCUGGAGUGUUAAACAGAGAUAAAGGUUUAUAAACAUCAUUAGCGAGAACUGCUAUGAAAGUUUGGAGAUGGGAGUUGUUUUCAGCAACCCACUUUGUUUCUUGGUCCUGCUUGAACUAUUUACCACAUCAAGAUGGUCUAAAUUAAACURGUUUUCUCCAAACCCAGAAUGAUGUACAACAUGUAAUCCAAAUGUGUCAAAUCCUGGUCGUCAAUGGCCACUAUUGUGAGUUUUAGGGGUUUCUCUGCUCCAACACACCUGAUUUGAAUAAACGAGUGAAUAACAUGCAAAACUCGAAGAGGUAUUCAGUCAUUGAAUCGGGUGUGUUGGAGCAGGGAAACAGAUUAUCAGGAGAGCAGCCCUCCAGGAUCAGGGUUGGACACCCCUACUCAUCCUUCAUAACUUUCACACAAAACCCCGCUUCAUAAGAUUUGAACUAUUGCUUUAAUAAGCUGCCACAAGGGUUCACUGCUGAGCUAAAAAAUAAAACCUUUAAAUCUUG